UAUCGAUUCGCAUCGGAAGAGCAACGAAAGCGAGCGAAAGCCGCGUGUCAUCGCAAAGCCAGCGAGAGAAAAAGGCGCAUCGCGGUCAUCUUCCGGUUAACGACCAAGCGACGCAGCAGCGCUUUAGUCGUUGCUCGACUGGUGAAACCGUCGCUUCGAAGACAUAUACGCCCGUACGGUUCGGAGAAGAGGAUGAGGAGGAUCUGCUCGUUACUCGUCGUCGCGAGUUUCAUGGUGGCGGGGUGCGACGCCGGUGUCAGGAAGUAUCUCAGUCGGCCACUUAGGUUUAGAUACGCCAUGGCCGAUCAGGAGACUUCGGCUACUGCUGCGAAAGACGAGCAGCACCACUCUGCAGAAGAGGAGCAUCCUAGAGAAGAAGAGCACGUGGACAACGAGCACUCCGAGCAUGACAGCGAAUAUCACGAAGACCGAGGCAAAAAAGGCCACGAAGGCUACAAAGAUUACGAGGAGCACGAGAAAAAAGACGACAAGCAUCUGAAGAAGGACCGAGAUGAGCAGCAUUUCAAGGAAGCGAACGGCGACGAAGGUUCGAAGCACCACGACGAGGAUCAUUACGUUGAUCAUCGCAGGGACGAGAAGGACGAGAAGUCCGUCGAGUUCGGAGAGGAGGGAAAGCAUCAAAAGGGUCACAGUACCAAGGGCGAGCACAAUAUCUUCAAGAAAGUGCGUCUUCUGUGGCAUCACCAAGCGCGCACCGAGUUCAUUCUCGCAUUUUUUUCCUUUCGCAGGACGAGUACGAAAAGAAGGAUCAGUUUUACGACGAGUUUCACGAAGACGGCGAGCACGAGAAACACAGCGAUCAUCAUCGUCACCACGGUGCCCACGGCGGUGGUCAUCGCGAUUCUGGCCACGGUGGUGGCGAAGAGCACGAGGCCAAAGGAGGAGAACACGAGAAACAUCAUCACGAGCGCCAUCAUCGUAAGCAGGACGGCCACGAGGAGAAUGAAGCCCAAGACCAUCAGAGUCAUCACGACGAUAAAUUCGUUAAAAAGGGCGGCAAUUCCGAUGGAAAAAUAUGGUCCCACAAACAUUGAUCGCGAUUUUUUAUAAACGUUAUUUUUGCAAUUCCGCCGGGAGAAAAGUCAUUCGUACGAUAGCGCGUUUAACCGGAGACUGACGAACCAAGAGCGACCGAGACGCGUAAAGCCAUUAAGAGUCUCGGACAAAUUUCUUUUGAUACAACGACAUUUGCAACGUUACGUUUCGCAACGCGAGCGUUCGCGAUGUCGACACUCAAUUCCAAUUAUAUCGCGGUCGGAAUCGCAAUAACUGCCUUCGGAUAUAUAGCAUCGCGACAGUAGCAUCGUGAGAAACGUCCGCUUCGAAAGUGAAAACAGUGGCUGUGAAAUUGGUUACACUCCGUUAAACCUCUGAGCUACGCAGUGUGCCUGCGAUUGUCUGUGUACGUGUCGGAUUGGCUGAAAUCUGUAUUACAUUAAUCUUAUUCUAUUCGUAAAUAAUGAAAUAUUUAGAUGAAGUAU